AUGCCAUUUGGUGGAUACAAGCAGAGCGGGAUGGGACGCGAGCUUGGCGAAUACGCGCUGGCAAACUACACGCAGGUCAAGGCCGUCCAUGUGAACCUAGACUUGACCUUGUAA